GCGCUUCUGCUUGGCGUCAGCUAGGAGGGGCCAACGCUUGUCUGUUCAUAGUGCUGAUCAUCGUAGUGAGACUUACUGCAGGAGCCGAGACCAAUGGAGUUGGCUGAAUCGUCCUGCAUCCUCCCCAUACCUUCCAACCUCCAUCUCUCUCCCUGAUUCUGUCUCUCCUUUCAUAAAACAAAACGAAACCAUAGACAUGGAUUGUUAACUACCGCAUGUGUGUCAUGGAUCAAGAAUGAGAAACAUGGAUUCGAUUUACAUUAUUCUCGUCCUCCUUGCUCCCCAACCCUAUUUUUUAGCCUCUGCAGACAGGAAAUUCGGUUGUCUGUUUGAGAAGGAGUUGUGCACACCAUACGAGAUCUGUGUCAACGAUGGAAUGUUCGGUAGGUGUCAAUCCACACCCGUUCCGGUAGCAGAGGUGUAUACGUAUGAUGUGUCUCCAUCUGUGGUUCAGCGCUUCAGGACUCUACUGCAGAAACUCACCCACAGAGGGUUGACCUGGGAGGAUGAGACUGCCCAGCAGAUCCUGUCCAAGGAGCUGUCUAAGCUGAGGAAGAUCCCCUACAGACGCCUGCAGGACUCCAGCCCCCCUGUUUACAGCAGCAGCAAAUCCAGACCCUCUACCCAGGCUAUGGACUUAGGACACCGGAGGAUCAAGCCAGUGGAGGUGGAGCUCAGUAGAAACCUCCAGAACUACCUGCAGCGUCUGGGCCUCCUUCCCCAGGCCGCCUCCCCCACCAGACCCAAGGGCCCCAGUAAGAGUGACCGUUACCCAUCUGGGGUCUCCUCUGACUACUACUGGCCCAAGUCCCAGGGAGAGGCUAACUUCUCCCCACUGACAUCCUUCCAGCCUCCCUACCAGGACAGAUCUUCUGCGGGGGAUGGAGACCUCCUUGUGGCUGCUCUCAGACACUACCUGUCUGGGCAGGUACCAUCUCAGACCGGGGUGUCCACCAAGGGCCCGGUCCUGCCCUCCCUUCGCCUACGCCCCUCCUACAGCAACAGUAUAGACAGUACUGGGCCUAAAAAGACCUCUCAAUCUCAAACACCUAACCUGGACAGACUUCUACUCCUCCAGACAGCUGGAGCCAGCCAACUCUCUGCUCCCAAGGACCCCCUCAGUACAGUGGAUGAGGUGUUCAUCCAGAAGGUUCUGAAGAACGUGGGCAGACACGACGUGGACGUGGACGACCUGAGUCCUAAAGACCUGGACCAACUCUCUACGCUGAUCACUGACGCCCUGCAGGUAGUGGAUCAAGAACAUACCCAAGCCCAGUCCAGAGCAGGACCCAGAGACCUGGGGGAGGAAGGGAACGAGGGGCCUGGAGGAGAAGGGCCUGGGGAACAGGAGGAGAAGGAGGAGAGUGUCCCUCCAUCCACCACAGAGAAUACGGCGGAGAGCACUCCAGUAGAGGAGGCUGUGGUCCAAGAGCGACAAAUGGAGGGAGACAGAGAGCCAGCAGACUCCAAUGACAAGCCCCAAGACGCCGGCAGCUUAUUUGGCAAGCUGCUGGUAUACCUGGAUAAGAUUGAGUCCCCAGCCCAGAGAGAGUCCCCAGCCCGGGCUGGUGUGGGUGCAGGGCUGGGUGAGGGGAGAGGUGUUGGUCUGGAGAACGUACACAGCAAGACCACUCAGGCUGAGGUGGCGGUGCAGAAGAAGUCGACCCACUCGACGGACAUGGAGGAGGUGGCUGCCGUGGAGGGCUGGAUCCAGGCAAUAGAUCCUCCGGCUGCCAAGGUGGUCUACCAGGAGCCCCAUAAGAAGAAGGGGAACGUCCAGGAGCUGCAGCUAGAUGUCAAAGCUGCUGUGGCCACGAAGAAGACUGAUGAUGACUACGGUUAUGUCAUCACCGACACUGACGCAUUGCAGACUGAUGAGGGCCUCCACUUGAUGGAGAUUCUGACACGACGCGCCAAGCUGCAGAUGACUGACUUCCUGGAGCUCUCAGUGGUAGGCCCAGCUGUGACCUUCAGAGUGCGACCUAAUGCCCAGAACAUCAGCACCGCAGAUGUGGCCAAUGUAGCAGUUCACCAGAAGGAUGCAGUGGAGAAGGAGGCCAAGGUGAUCAUUCUGGAGGCUGGAAUCACAGAUAGAAGCCAGAUAAACCAGAUCCCUACCAAGUACAGCACGGCCGAGUCCACCAAGUACAUGAUCCUGACAGUGGUGUCUAUCCUGUGUAUCGUGGCUGUGCUGCUGGCCUCCGCUGUGGUCUACUGCCUCCGACACCGCUCUCACCACAAGCUCAAGGAGAAGCUCACCAACCUGGGAACAGACACAGGCAGCGAUGCUACCUCCACCUAUCAGGAGCUGUGUCGUCAGCGGAUGUCGGUCAAGCCACCGGCGGAGCGCCCAGAGCCGAUGCACAGUGUGUCGUCACGGCUCAACAGUGUGUCGUCCCAAUUCAGCGACGGGGGGCCCAUGGUCAGCCCCUCGGCACGAAGCUCCACCUCCUCCUGGUCUGAGGAACCCGUCCACUCCAACAUGGACAUCUCCACUGGACACAUGAUCCUGUCUUACAUGGAGGACCACCUGAAGAACAAGAAUCGUCUGGAGAAGGAGUGGGAGGCUCUGUGUGCGUAUCAGGCUGAGCCCAACGCCUCCACUACAGGCCUGGGGGCAGGGAACACAAAGAAGAACCGCUCCAAUGCAGUGGUGGCCUAUGAUCACUCAAGAAUUACCUUGAAGGUUGAAAACAGCCACAGCAAUUCAGAUUACAUCAAUGCCAGCCCAAUUAUGGAUCAUGACCCACGGAACCCAGCCUACAUCGCUACUCAAGGCCCUCUUCCCUCCACGGUGGCUGAUUUCUGGCAGAUGGUUUGGGAGAAUGGCUGUGUGGUCAUUGUCAUGCUGACGCCCCUCACUGAGAGUGGAGUCAAACAGUGCUACCACUACUGGCCUGACGAGGGGUCCAACCUCUACCACAUCUACGAGGUGAACCUGGUGUCGGAGCACAUCUGGUGUGAUGACUUCUUGGUUCGUAGUUUCUACCUAAAGAACAUGCAGACCAACGAGACUCGCACCGUCACACAGUUCCACUUCCUUACCUGGCUCAACCAGAAUGUCCCUGAGUCCAGUCGGACACUCCUGGACUUCCGCAGAAAGGUUAACAAGUGCUACCGGGGAAGGUCUUGUCCUAUAAUAGUCCACUGCAGCAACGGCGCCGGGAGGAGUGGAACAUACAUUCUGAUUGAUAUGGUUCUCAAUAAGAUGGCUAAAGGUGCUAAGGAGAUUGAUAUUGCUGCCACCCUAGAGCACUUGAGGGAUCAGCGGCCGGCUAUGGUCCAGACAAAGGAGCAGUUUGAGUUUGCAUUGACAGCUGUUGCGGAGGAGGUGAACGCCAUACUCAAAGCUCUUCCACAGUGAGAGGUUUACCCACUACCAAGCCUCAGCAGACCUCCCCAGGGACCUCCCUCCUGUUCUCCUUCUCUCGCCCACGCUUUCUUUCCCCCACUCCUUCUCUCCACCUCUCUGUCUUUGUGGAUGUUGUGCGAGAGAGCAUGACCUGAUCUUAGUCGUGUAUAAAAAUAAAAAUAAUCUAUUGUGAACCUAUGGAGCUUGUUUCCAAACAGACAAUUUAGUGCAUCAAGACUUUUACUGAUUGAAAAACAUGCUUAUCUGUUAAAUUACUAGAAUAUAUCAAUGACAGAAAUAUUGUUUUUGUGUGUGUGUAAAUUAUUAUGUUGGUCACAACAUCUGCAUCAUAUGGCAUAUUUAAGUUGAAUAUUUGUUUUUACUUUGAUCCUAUUAUGCGGUGUACUAAAUCAUACCAUGUAAUGUAUAUUAAAAGGAAAACUGCUUAAUUAGGUCAAGUGAACACUGAUAACAAUGAUGCUGAUGUUAAUUCUAGUUACCAUAGUGAUAAUUACACCAAGCAAUAUGUGUUUCUUCAGCUUGUCCAGACCUGGACAAAUAAUUGUAUGUUGUGGACAACGAUUGUGAGUAAACUUAACUAAUGUCAGUAAACUAAACUAGCUAAUGCCUGCCUCAAGUAAAGCAGUUCUAUGAAUUGGUGUACUGUAUGUACAAUGAAAACUAUAUUGUCAUUUUGUAAAUAAAGCAGUUCAUCUAAUCUAGGGUCUGGAUUCAAUCCGUAUCGCCAAAGUAUCACAGAAGAUCUGGGUUCAAUCCGUAUCGCCAAAGUAUCACAGAAGAUCUGGGUUCAAUCCGUAUCGCCAAAGUAUCACAGAAGAUCUGGGUUCAAUCCGUAUCGCCAAAGUAUCACAGAAGAUCUGGGUUCAAUCCGUAUCGCCAAAGUAUCACAGAAGAUCUGGGUUCAAAUGUGAAGGUCAUUUUUAAUUUAGUCGACAUAUCCAGCGUUUACCGUGAAUGCAGUUUUACCGUGAAUGCAGUGUUUUACCGUGAAUGCAGUUUUACCGUGAAUGCAGCCUCCGCAACUGCGGGAACAUUGCCUUUCAUUUUCAAUCGUGCUAUAAAGUGGAUCAUCAGUGCUACGGAUUGAAUAAAGCCCUAGAUGUACAUGUAGCAUCAAUGGUUUAAGUGUGAAUAUAAGCUGCCACUGGAUGUCCCUGUGUCUUAUUAACAAGUCCAUAUCUGCGUUCCAAAUGGCAACCCUUUCCUUAUAUACAAUAGAUAACUUAUUUUGACCAGAGCUCAAAACAAGUGCACUAUGUAGGGAAUAGGUUGCCAUUUUGGAUGCUGACCAGGCAGGUUUGUCUGCACUACAGGAGUACUGUCAGCUAAAUAAUAAUAAUAUAUGCCAUUUAGCAGACGCUUUUAUCCUGUACAGUCACGCGGGCCUACAGCUCUACCCCAACACUUUCUGCUUUGACUAGACUCAUGCCAUUAGAUCACAAAAUCUUG